CUUUCUCCAUGUUUCUCUCCACCUGCUUCUGUCUCAGGCCCUUAGAUGCUUCCUGGACCUGUUUGGCAUAUUAAAGUCACUUGGCUAAUUAUGAAAGGCUCAACUUUCUCACCCUCUCAUUACUACCAGAGUGAUCAUACAACAAGCUUCAUCUGUGAAGAAACAUCAAGAGAAAAUGAAGUUACUUGGUUGGAUGCAUCGUAAGUUCAAGCAAAAUAGCAAUGAACCAUUCAAAGAUUUUGGCAUUGGGAAUUCUUGCACGUGUCUUUCAGGGCAGCCAUCACUAGAUGAACAACAAUACUACUCCAAAUCAAACUAUGGCACUAAGUCCUUAGGCAAAGCACACAGAGAUGAUUACCUUCGAAAAUCAUUUGCCAGUGUGGAAACAGCGAGAGGAGAAGAUGAUGACUUUGAAGAAGAAUCAUCAGCUGCACUUUCUGAGCUCUUCCAUGGUUUCCUUACUAUUGGUACCCUCGGUUCAGAUGCAGCCAUCACUGAUGCAUCAACACCAACAUUUGCCAUCUCCGUUGAGACCAUAACCGAAAAAGAAACUGAAGUAACAGAGAAUGAACUGAAGCUAAUUAACGACGAGCUGGAGAGAGUGUUGGCAGCUGACGAUGGUUGCAAUGAGUCAUCUGGGAGAAGCAGUCUUGUUAGCACUGGGAGAAGCAGUCACGGCAGCACCAUUACACUUAGCGGGAAGCCAAUAGAAGGUGUGGAGGCAAAUGGGAAUGGUACGACAGUCUGUCCACUACAGGGCUAUCUCUUUGGUUCCGCAGUUGAGUUGCCAGAAACCACGACAGUAGCAAAGAAGGAACAUCGAGUAUCGCUUGGCGAGCUGUUUCAGAGGACCAAAACAGCAGAGGAGUACUUUUCAGAAGCUAAAUACACGAGGGAGGAAAAGCAAGCAGAGAAGGAAGAUAAAUCUGCUGUGUAUUAUAUGAAAAAGAAGCUGAAGAGAAGACUUCUCAAUGCUUCUCGGGGCUCCAAUGUAGCUACUGCGGGAAAUGUUGAUUCUGGUUCAACGGAGACAAAACUGCAUAAGAUCUUACAUAUGUUCCACAGGAAAGUUCAUCCUGCAAAUUCAACAGCGACACAAAAAUCUGGAAAGCCCCAUAAAGAAGAGAUCAAGAACAGCAUAUCCUAUGAAACAGGGUAUAACAAUGGAUACCGGAUUUCAUCAGAUGAAGAUCACAUAAUAUAUCCACGCUUCUUCAAGAGCCAGUCUAACCCACCUCAAGAAAAACUCAGCGGAAGUGAUUCAAAUGGAAACAGGGAAAACUGGAUUAAAACAGAUGCAGACUACUUGGUGCUGGAGCUCUAGAAGGCAGGAAAAAGCAGUGUGGUUUGAUUUAUGGAUUUUGAAUAGUAAGAACUUUUACUAUGUGUGUAAGAUUUGCCAUCAGUAUCUGAGUGACUAUGUUAUAAGAAGCUUGAAAAGAACAAUAGAAUAAAAGAGGUCCCUCUCUUAUUAUC